AUGUCUCCAACGGUUACCCGCCCUGGCAAACGGCCCCAGCGUGGCAACUUGACGUCACUCCAACCCAAUUCCAGUCUCAGUGCCAGUGCCCAUAGCUCUGCUCUAGGCAUCGAGCAGUCUUUCAAUGACCACCAGCAAAUCAUGAGCGAACGAAUUGUCAACAUCAAGCCUACCUCACACACUAAAAUUAGUGAAUAG